AUGUCCCUCCUCUUCAAGCACCUACGCGUCCACCAAAUUUUCGGCGCCAACACCGACGUCGGCAAGACCAUCUUAACCACUGCGCUUGUUCGCGCGUCCACGGCACUCAGAAAUGAGGUGUUCUAUCUCAAGCCGAUAAGUACAGGCUCGCCGCAAGACGCAGAUGACGAACACAUCAAGCAAUUCGCAUCCCCCAAGGUCCAUACAGAGUGUUUAUAUCGGUUCCAUGUGCCUGUCAGUCCUCACCUUGCGGCUCAAAUGGCGGCUGGAGACGAGUCUCAAAAAAUUGUGUCCGACAAAACCUUCGUUGACUCGGUCAUAAGCUAUGUGAACAGAAGCGCGUCUGCAACCCGGGGACCAGCCCAUAUGUAUGUUGAAACAGCCGGAGGAGUCCACAGUCCAGCACUUUCUGGGACCACGCAAGUCGACUGUUACCGUCCCUUGUUCUUACCCACCAUUCUCAUCGGCGACUCACGAUUGGGCGGUAUCUCCGCAACCAUCUCCGCCUAUGAAUCCCUCCUCCUGCGCGGUUAUAUGGUCGACUCUGUGCUACUGUUCCGUGACGAAUACUACCGCAACAGCGAGUACUUGACGCCGUAUUUUGCCGAACGAGGGAUCGAUGUGGCUGCUUUCGCCCACCCACCACCCGUCAGCCCAGAUCCAAGGGAGAAUUUGGCGAUCACCGACGAAUAUUACAAGUCGUUGGAUAUGGGAAGUGUGCAACGUGUGUUGACGGAGCGUCACCAACAGCGGAUCGACCAAUUGGACUCGAUGCCGCGUCGUUCCAUGGAUGCAUUUUGGUGGCCGUUUGUUCAGCAUGGUCUCGUCAAGAACGAAAAGGAUGUCACAGUCAUUGACAGCGCCUCGAACGACUUUUUCUCCAUUUACAGCCAGAGCAGUCAAGACUCUUUACUCUCCCCCCAAUUGGACAGUUCGGCAUCAUGGUGGACGCAAACAUUAGGACACUCCCAUCCCUCCUUAACCCUUGCUGCAGCUCGUGCGGCCGGACGAUACGGUCAUGUCAUGUUUCCUCAGGCAACACAUGAGCCUGCCUUGAAACUUGCUGAAAGGCUGUUGCAUCAUGGUCCCGGGCGGAAUUGGGCCUCUCGAGUGUUUUUCUCCGACGAUGGGUCAACAGGAAUGGAGGUUGCUCUGAAAAUGGCACUGAGGGCGUAUUCUGUGCGAAUGGGACUGCAGGGUAUCGAUCGUAAGAACUUGGGCGUUCUUGGGCUCAAAGGCAGCUAUCAUGGCGACACAAUUGGGGCGAUGGACGCGUGUGCGGAGGAAGGAGUGUAUACCUGUGAAUGGCACAAUGCCAAAGGGUUUUGGUUCGACCCCCCGACGAUUUCAAUCCAAACAGGCGUCCCAGUCAUUUCACUUCCUUCGGUCCUCGCAAAAGCUGCCGCGCCAUCAGAUACUUGUGCCCCAUCCGACUCUAUUGCUUGGGUCUACGAUAUGCCAGCUCGCCUAGAGACAAGACUCGCUCAAAGUUAUCGAACAUAUAUUUCACAGACACUUGACAGUCUUGAACAAUCUGGUGGGCCGCGUCUUGCAGCUCUGGUGCUUGAACCUCUUGUUAUGGGUGCUGGAGGGAUGCUUUUCGUUGACCCCCUUUUCCAACGUGUCCUCAUUGAUGUGGUCCGUUCUCGUGAUUCUGCGCCGGAAUCCAAGACAGACUGGCGUGGCCUGCCUGUUAUAUUCGACGAGGUUUUUGUUGGACUCUAUCGUCUCGGAGCGGAGAGCACCAUCCCAAUUCUGGGUGUUAACCCAGAUAUCUCCGUUCAUGCCAAAAUCCUCACAGGGGGCCUCGUACCGCUUGCGGUCACCAUGGCAUCGGACUCCAUUUUCCAGGCAUUUGUCAGCCAAGAUAAGGCGACAGCACUGCUACACGGUCAUUCGUAUACCGCGCAUGCUGUGGGCUGUGAAGUUGCAAACGAAACUUUGAAGUUGAUCGAGAAGGAGAGCCAGAGCGCGGCCUGGAACGAGGCAAAAGACAAAUGGGGGAACAGUGCUGCUUGGAGUUUAUGGGACCCAGAGUUUAUCAGGGCCUUAUCGUCACUCGACAAAGUCUCAGAAGUGAUGACACUGGGUACCGUUCUCGCGGUCAAAAUGAAGGAUGCCAAAGGAGGCUACGUCUCUCAUUCUGCACAAACACUGCUUCAGGACCUGAAAAACAGCAAAGUUGGUGCUAAAAACACGUAUCCGCCGUUUAGUGUGCAUUAUCGGACGCUCGGCAACGUGGCCUAUUUCAUGACCAGCCUGAAUACAUCCCCAGAAACGAUUCGCGCACUUGAGGAAAAGAUCUGGACAGCGUUGCAGUCCGAUUCAGCUGAUGAAGAGCGUCGUAAUAGACAUAUAUAG